AUGACAACUUCGGUGUUGAAACAUGCCACAGCCAACAAUGAAAAGACGCCUCUUUAUAACAUCAAACAACAAAAAUUUGAAAUUAUAUAUUUGGAUGUCAAUAAUUUGUAUGGUUGGAGUAUGUCUCAACACAUACCAUGUGGUGACUUUAAGUGGUUAGACGUGGACGACGAAACAAAAAUUUUAAAGACUGUGGAAGAGUUACCUGCGGAUUCUCCUAUAGGAAUGGCCCUUGAAGUGACGGUGUCGUACCUGAAAGAGUUACAUGAUGUCCACAACAAAAUGCCGUUUCUACCUGAACGAAAAUGUCCGCCUAAUUCACGGGUCAAAAAACUGUUGUCUACUUUCGAUCAGAAAGAAAACUACGUUAUACAUUAUCUAAAUUUAAAACAGGCUAUGGCAAACGGAUUAAAAGUAGAAAAGGUACAUAAGGUGUUACAAUUUAAGCAGUCGGCCUGGCUAUCAAAAUAUAUACAACUCAACACGGAGAUAAGAGAAAAAGCCAAAAAUGAUUUUGAAAAAUACUUUUUUAAAUUAAUGAACAACGCUGUUUUUGGUAAAAUGAUGGAACGUGUACAAUUUAGAACGUAA